AUGAGUGAUCCGUUCCGAAACAAGCCAAAUGCAAGAGCAACUGUUGAACAAGACGAUUUGAAAGCAGUGAACGCUUUCUUCCGUACGCUUGGUCACGUCUCGUGCGAUCCGAGUGCGAUCGUUGACAUCGGACAUUCGUUACUCUCUCUUCUAGAGAGUUCCCUGACAGACGUGGAUUUAGAAAGUGACCUUUUCGAUCUCAUAGGGAAUCCAGAGGUUGCCGCGGAGCUCCUCAAACUACGUCCAAGCGUUCAAAGGCACAGUAGCUCCAUAAGAGCAGAACUAACUGGCAGCUAUGGACGAGAACGAACAAAAAAGACGAAGCAGCAGAGUCCGGAGAAGUUUCUACCCAGUUCGAGUCUGAGCGGCUUACAAUAUUCUUCUCCCUUCGAAGCAAAAGGCAGAACUCGCACGGAUAGUGCCACCCAUGGCGGGGCGUUCAGGCAACGAGCUCCUUUUUUAUCCGGCUCGGUUACCUCAACCACGUCCGCGACUGCAGACUCCAUCCAAGAGCUCUCGCCAGACUUUCCCGGCAGCGACAAUCCUUUCGUUGCUAAGCCUACAUAUCCCGCACCGAAAUCAAGCAACAUCGAGUUCCGGUCAGAGGAGCUUUAUAAGGAAAUCUUUGUACCGCCACCGCAGCCUUGCUCUGCGGCCCAGCAGCGGUUGAAGGUUGCGGAAUGUUUGGACCCUCCGUUGCGAAGAAUUUUCGAGCACACAGAGCAUUUCAACCCUGUACAGAGCACCGUGUUUUCUGCGGUCUACCACACGAGCGAGAACCUGCUCAUCUGUGCGCCAACCGGAGCUGGCAAGACAAAUAUCGCACUUCUGGCUAUUGGGAGGGAGAUUCUCCACCGAAUGCAUGAGCGUGCAUGGCGUUGCGUGUAUAUCGCACCCAUGCGUGCUCUGGCCUCGGAGAUCGUGCGGAAGCUUGCGAACUCGCUGAGAUCGCUAUCCGUCGAAGUGUUGGAAUACACCGGGGAUACGAAUCCGACGCUUCCUAGCUUGAGACGAAGUCAGGUGUUAGUGACCACUCCCGAGAAAUGGGACGUUCUCUCACGAAAUAGUGCGCAUUGGCAAUCGGGGCUCGCUGCUUCGAUUCGUUUGCUCGUCAUUGAUGAGAUCCACCUUCUACACGAUAAUCGAGGUCCGGUACUCGAAGCUGUGGUUGCAAGAACGUUACGCUUAGCGGAAAUUCAGCAAACGAGAGUUCGCAUCGUCGGAUUGUCAGCAACGCUGCCGAAUUAUGUGGAUAUCUCGGCGUUCCUCCGGGUGACUCCCGAAAAAGGGCUUUUUUACUUCGACGCUAGCUAUCGACCUGUCCCCUUGGGUCAACGCCUCAUUGGAAUGCGAAAAAGGCGAGAUCGAGGUUCCGAGUCUGCCCUUAUCGAGGUCUGUUACGAAAAAGCUCGCUCAUUCGUUACAUGUGGGCACCAGGUCAUCAUCUUUGUCCACUCACGAAAGAAGACCAAACUCCUUGCCGAGGACCUGCUGAAGAUGGCACGGGAGCGGAACGAGGCGUCUCUUUUCGUACAGUCAGAGCGCAGCCAAGAUCAAUUGCCUAGAACGAUUCGAUCAGCGGACCUGCGGAUGCUCUUAAUGCAUGGCGUUGGUAUUCACCACGCUGGUCUCGCUCGUUCAGAUCGCAUCGCGACCGAGACGCACUUCCGAGAUGGGUCGAUCACUUUGUUGGUAAGCACAGCCACUCUCGCAUGGGGUGUCAAUCUGCCUGCCAGGGCCGUCAUCAUCUACGGCACGAAAAUCUAUGAUGCAAGUCGCGGGGGUUUUGUUGACAUUGGCGUCCUCGAUAUUUUACAGAUUUUCGGAAGAGCAGGUCGGCCGGAAUACGACAGCUAUGGAGAAGGAAUCAUACUGACGGAAGAGCAACGUCUUCCGUUUUUCUACCGACUCCUCAGCGUCCAGAUGCCGAUCGAGAGUCAGAUGUUGAACGGGUUCGCUCUUGUUGAUCAUCUGAAUGCCGAAAUCGCCACGGGGCACGUCACGUCGGAGCACGAAGCCCUGGCGUGGCUGGCAUGUCUGUACCUUUCGGUACGCCUUGCCAAGAAUCCACUUCAUUAUGGUAUUGCUUGGGAAGACGUGCAGCGAGAUCCAACGCUCUCAGCUUUUAAAUAUCAGCUGCUGAAGAAAUCGAUUGAUGCUCUUGUUAUAGCGGGCCUCGUUUCUGUUGAUAGCGAGCUGUCGCAGCUGGAACCAACAGACUGGGGCAUCGUAGCGAGUAGAUUUUACGUAUCGCACCAAACGAUGCAGAUCUUCAAAGAGAAUCUGAGACAGGAUGCGUCUGCGAGUCAAGUGAUUCGAUGCAUCAGCUCGUCAUCAGAAUUCGAAAAUUUGGCCUUACGAGAAGAAGAAAUCCCUGAACUGGAAACCCUCUAUGCUGACGCCUGCCCAUAUGAAUAUCCGCGGCAUGCAAACAUCGCGAUUAGAUCCAAAUUAGAGGAUGAGUCGGAAUAUUUCUUGAAUGGCUACACAGGCAAGGUAUACAUUCUUCUUCAGUCAUAUAUAUCACGAGCUACUGUGCAUGAUUUUGCAUUGCUUUCAGACAUGCGAUAUAUCGAGGAGUCAGCAACAAGACUCUUCGGUGCAGUAUUUGAGAUUGCUCUCCGUCAAGGCUGGCCUGAACUUGCUCGAAACGCCAGUGAGUUGGCGCGAGCCGUUGAGCGACGUCUCUGGCCUUUUGAACAUCCCCUUACACAAAUGCAGAACGUUCAAGCCUCUGUUGUGGACCUUAUCAAGAACAGGAAUAUACCGCAUGAUAUUCAGAUUUUGCGAAGACUAUCGAACGAGCAAUGGACGGAUUUACUUGGUUCACCUUCUCACGUGCAAAUCAUGGCAGAAAUAGUGUCGGAGUUUCCGUACUUAGAGGUAUCUGGUCACCUGUCCGCGCUGGCGGAGCAGCUCUUUCGUAUCCAAAUAAGCUGCACACCGUGCUGGAAGUGGGGAUCCCGGCUACACAGUACACGCACGAGCGAAGCUGCACGGUACACGCUCAUGAUCAACGAUGUGGAUGCGGGUGUAAUGGUCUAUUCUCAGAGUGUCACAUUCUCGAAGAAGCAAGUUCAAGAGCGCGAGACAUCAUUUUUCGAAAUUUAUCUGAGCCAUGGCGGUCAAUGGCCACAAACAUUUGAAGCGGUGUUCCUGUCGGAGGAGUGGCUCGGGGCAGACCAGAAAUACGUCCUCCAAACAGAUGCCCCUGGUCCGCCACAGAGCCAGCUAAUACGGACGCCACUUCUGAACCUGCGCCUGCUGGGCCGGGAGGCACUCGGAUUCGGCCUCGGUGCAGCGUGCGACACAUUAUUUCCAGGUCUGUCGCAUCUCAACCCGAUCCAGACGCAAAUUUGCCACAGCGUUUUGCACUCGGACGCGAGCUUGUUCAUUGGGAUGCCACCGAACGCUGGGAAGGAUCUUGUGCUGUUACUGUGCAUCCUGCGUCAACUACGCGCCAAGCGCAGUGCCCACUGCCGAGUGCUCUACCUCAGUCUUGCUUCGAAUAAUAUGGAUGACAUGGACGCAUGUCUCCGCAGGUGGCUCUCCGUGUUGGAUGUUCGCCUGCUUGACCUGAGCGAUGGCUGCAAGGCAGGGAUUCAUGACCCAAUGGUCGUCUGUUGCGUGACGCCCAAGCAGCUGCUCGACUGGCUCCUCGAUAAAACAGAGUCAGCGAUUGCGUUCUUUGACAGUGUGGAUCUUGUGCUGGUCGACAACAUGCACCACUUGAACGAGGACAAUGGUGUACUCGCUGAGAGUGCUCUAGUUGCCGUGCGUGCCGUUACUCGAAGAUCGACGCGACUGGUUGCCUUUGGGAAUCUCAUUGGUAACGCAAUGGAUCUGGCUUCAUGGCUAUCUACAAGUCGUAUGUACAAUUUCGCACUGGAGCAUAGCCCUACGCCGAUAGCGUUUAGUGUGAUCCCUUUCCGAGAGCGGAACAUCGCAGAACGUUUUGCGCGAAUGGAUCAAACCAUUCGUAAGAUCGUUCAACAUCACAACGCGGAGCAAGUUAUUGUGUUGGUGCAGUCGGAUAGGGAAUGCAUCGAGACCGCUCGUCGGCUGCUGCACGUGGCUGCAGCUGACGGGACAUCCCAUAGAGCGGGCAUAGAAGGACAUCUACUAGAUGUUUCUGUUCUGAAUGCGGAUAUUGGCCAGUUCCUUGCUUUCGGGAUCGGUGUUCUGGUAGGUGAAAUGAAUAACGUGCUUCAGAGCCUCAUGCAAGAUCUUUUCUCAGCCCGGAAACUUUCAUGGUUAGCCGUAGCUUUUCCACUUCUAGAUGAGCUGCGAUGCAGUGCACCAGUUGUUGUUGUGAAAGGCACGGAGUGGCACCUUACAGCUGGCGGAACAUGGAAGCAUUUGAGUCCAAGCGUACUAUUGAAAAUCCUGCAACGCUGCGGUUGCCAGGAAAUACAACGCGGUUCAUUUUACCUCCUCGCUUCAGAAUCGCGCAAGGCAUACUUUCAGAAGCUACUAGAAUGUGAAGUUCCCGUCGAGGCAGGCAUUCGCACUGAGGAAGACCUUGGCUUGUUUCUGUGUCAGAUGGUUGCAGGCGAUCUUGUGUCGGAGCCAGAGGAGAGCUUUCAGCUGACGCGGGAAACGUAUCUUUCGCGGCGUCUGGCCCAGAAUCCGAGCUGGUAUCCCUGGGUAACCGCGAACGACAAUGAAAUGCGAACAGUUGUGGAAACGUCUCUCUUGAGGAUGGCCAGCAUUGGUCUCCUUAGAAUCCAAGCGAGUAGCUCAGCGGUGCUAACCCUCGAACCAACCACGCUUGGUAAGCUGGCUUGUUUCUUCUCUCUGAGACCAAUUUUUUUCGAACGCAUUAACAAUUUACUGAGUGAGAUGAAUCAAGAAAAACGCGAGCAGAAAGCCCAUGAUUUGGCGCAUGAAGACCAUGCUUGUAUGCCCGAUUCUUGCAAAGUGGAGGAUUCGAUUCCAGACGCUGCAAAGGAAAGCGACAAUGGCCCGGCGACCCAAGUGAUUCCAUAUAAUGUCGUCCGCUUCGAGACGGCCGCCAGAGAACUGCUCUACAUAGGUCUGCGCGAGAUAGCACCGCACUGCUCGAGCAUGGAGCUGGCGGUGGCGGCGGCAGUCGUAGCGGCUGAAAAGGGUUUUGAUCCAGCCGUGUCCCCCUUGCUAAGAUUCGCUAAGGUAGAACGGAAGGAGCACAGGCGAAGCUCCCAUGCGCGCCCAACCCCUCGAAUUGCGCUGAACGUUAGCAGCGUUGAACGUGUUCAGCUGAACUGGAUCCAGGUGAGUCUUUGCUUUCGGAAAAUCGAGCUGGAAGGCAUCAACAGGACUCAGCCCGAACGCAUAUACGCAUCGGCACUACCUGCUUCCUGCCCGGUUACCAAAUUGGUCUGCUUCGCAUUUUCUGCUGUGACUGAAGAACUCUUGGGAUAUGGGAUUUCGGAAGAAACUGUUCUCCACGUAGAUCUUGAACUACGGCGACAUAUUCCCGCUGGUGGCAAACUCAAGCUGAAGCUUUUCUGUUUUCCGGUGGAGCUGACGCAUGAAAUAGGUGUGAGCUUGAGCGACGAGCAAAUGAGCGCGUCGUCUUCCACCAGAAAGCAGUAA